AUGAAGUACAUCCCUUCACUGACUGUUGUGUUCCUGUUGUUGGACACAGCAUAUGCCGACUACGCAAGCGAUGCGGAGUCCGCUAUCAAGCUGCUUCAGGACAAAUGGUAUAACACAGAGACCGGCUUAUGGGAUGAUAUGUGGUGGCAGUCCGGCAACAUUGUAGAGACCAUCGCCAAAUUCGGCAAACAGGACGUACACUUCAAGCAAGCAGCAAUCGACAUCAUCUCCAAUACAUACGAUAAGUCACCAAAUCAGAAGGGCUACAACAACUGGAAGAAUGACUUUUACGACGAUGAAGGCUGGUGGGCUAUGGGCUGGAUAGCCUCAUACGACUUAACCGGCGAUGUCAAAUAUCUCGACACCGCCAAAAAUCUCUUUGAAGACAUGACCGGCGGUUGGACGACACCUUGCAAAGGCGGUAUCUGGUGGAACAAGCCCAAGGAAUCCAUCGCAUCCAUAUCCAACGAGCUUUUCCUCGCCGUUGGCGCAUCCCUGGCCAACCGUGUCUCGGCCGAGGAGAAAGCCGACUAUCAGAACUGGGCGCAGAUGGAAUGGGACUGGUUCUACAACUCCGGUGUCAUCAACGGCGACAAACUCAUCAAUGACGGCGUCGAUCAGACAUCUUGCCAGAACGAUGGGAAGACAACUUGGACGUACAACCAGGGCGUUGUACUCACCGGUCUUUCUGAACUAGCUAGAGCGAAAGGCGAUGGCGAUCUGAUUCGCCAUGCCAAUGAACUCGCCAACGCCUCAAUGAGUAAACUGAGCGAUAAUGGCAUCUUGAACGAGCCAGUUGAUCACCCGCUGGAUCAGCAGGGUGCUAUGUUCAAAGGCGCAUACGUCAGAGGGCUGUCCACGCUAAAUGAGAACGAGGGCCAGCAAGCAUACACUGACUUCCUGAAGAAGAACGCUGAUUCGGCGCUGGCGAAUGCUAGGAACGGUGAUGGUGUUAUCAGGGAUAGGUGGCAGGGUGGAUCGGAUGGGUCCAAUGCGGCGAGUCAUGCGGCGGGUAUCGAUGUGCUGGUUGCUGCUGCGCAGGCUUCGACUUGA